AACAGACGUCGAAUUUGCAUUUUAAAUGCCACACUGCCUUUUCCCACUGCUGGCCAAAUAAGCGCCCACUGUGCUGAAGAAGACUACACAGGAGGCGAAUGACAACGCCGGCGGGCAACCAAAGACAUCUGCGUGUUUUGUUGAACAAAUGAGCACAUUUACAAGUCAGUGGAGCGAAUGGCUGUGGCUAGCGAAGCUCAAAGGGCUCCAAAGAAGCAGAAGCCAAAGCGCUGACUGGCCAGCGAGGCGGGGACGCCGUCCGGUCUCGUAGGACGCACCGCGCACGGGCCGUCGCCUUAAACCCCCCCCACCCCCCGUGUAAUCCCCCUCGGAGAGCCGCUCGGACUUGACUCUGUCUGCCACCGUUAAAAAGUCCAUAAAUAAAAGCCAAAACCCAGAGCUACCGCGAGGGAGACCCCCCGCCCCGUGCGCGGGGAUUAUCGCCAAUCAUUUUAUUACAGAUUAAUCUGGUACCAGUGUCCAGAGAGUUUAAUGAAAAUGAGGAAUGCUGGUGUUUUGGCAGCUCUCCACCAACCUGUCUGUGUGUGACGCAGGAUGAGACUACUUAAAGGCACGCAGAUUAGAGCUGGCAAGAUAUUAAAUCCAGCCUCCCUCCCUCCAUUCAGACGCUGCGCGGCUCAGCGUGCUGAUCUGAAGAUCGAAAAUAGGAGGGCUUACAGUAAUCGGCACUUGAGAGACGGAGAAGGCGCUCCAGCCGCAGACACCCAUGGGGGCCGACACGUCCGCAAGCUGAGACCUCGGCGGUGUCCGAAAGAGACUUUCCCAAGCCGGGCUAGGGAUUCGUGCCGAGCGCUGGCCCCGCAUCUCCGGAUGAACAGACAUGGGGGAAUGGACCAUCCUGGAGCGACUCUUGGAGGCUGCGGUCCAGCAGCACUCUACGAUGAUAGGAAGGAUCCUGUUAACGGUGGUGGUGAUCUUCCGGAUCCUAAUCGUGGCAAUAGUUGGAGAGACGGUCUACGACGACGAGCAGACCAUGUUCGUGUGCAACACCCUCCAGCCGGGCUGUAACCAGGCCUGCUACGACAAGGCUUUCCCCAUCUCCCACAUGAGGUACUGGGUCUUCCAGAUCAUCAUGGUGUGCACCCCGAGCCUUUGCUUCAUCACGUACUCGGUGCACCAGUCCGCCAAGCAGAAGGAGCGGAGGUACUCCACCGUGUUCCUCACUCUGGACAAGGAGCAGGACUCGAUGAAGCGCGAAGACAGCAAGAAGAUCAAGAACACCAUCGUCAACGGCGUGCUCCAGAACACCGAAAACCUAACCAAAGAAACGGAGCCCGACUGCCUGGAGGUCAAGGAGAUCCCCAACUCAGCCCUCCGAACGACCAAAUCCAAGAUGCGGCGGCAGGAGGGCAUCUCCCGCUUCUACAUCAUCCAGGUGGUGUUCCGAAACGCCCUGGAGAUCGGCUUUUUGGUCGGCCAGUACUUCCUCUAUGGAUUUAACGUGCCCUCGGUGUACGAGUGUGUCCGGUACCCUUGCAUAAAAGACGUCGAGUGCUACGUCUCCAGGCCCACGGAGAAGACGGUCUUUCUGGUGUUCAUGUUCGCCGUGAGCGGGCUCUGCGUGGUCCUUAAUUUGGCAGAACUGAAUCAUUUGGGAUGGAGAAAGAUCAAAAUGGCAGUCAGGGGGGUGCAGGCCAGAAGGAAAUCCAUUUACGAAAUUCGAAACAAGGACCUCCCGAGAAUGAGCGUGCCUAAUUUUGGUCGGACUCAGUCCAGCGAUUCUGCCUACGUCUGAGACCCCCCCCCCCCCCCCCC